AUGAUGUCACUUCGACUGGCUCUUUCGAGGAGGGCUUUUUCAGGAUGUGCCUCGUUGCUCAACAAGAGCAAAGUGUUGCCUUCGUCGCCCGAAAUGAAGUCUCAGGAGGCAUGGUCUGAGUCCAACGGAGACGACUCCUUCAUCACCAAGACUGUAGUGGGGAUGGCCAGAAACAUUCAAGAAACAAGCAAGCCACCAGUGAACGUGCACAAAUUUUACAACAGCAAAUUUGAAUUUGGACAAACGUACGACCCGUUCGACUACAGUACUACGAAGAUGGCCAUGAACAACAAGGCAAAGUUGAAGAAAAGACCCAGCCUCUUGAAUUACGACAAUGGUGCCCACGAUCCGUUUGUGAAAGCAGGGCUCAAUCCGCUCGAUUUGUAUAUGAUGCCCGAAGUCUUGUCUAGGUUUGUGUCUUCUACAGGGCAGAUUCUCCCAAGAGACAGGACCAGGUGCAACGCCGUGAACCAAAAGAAACUCAGCAUUGCCAUCAAGAGAGCCCGUGUAAGUGGUCUCUUGUCCACUGUGCACAAGCACAACCGCUUCACUCCCCACCGUGUUCUUUAG